AUGUCGGAAACGGACCAGAGUGACGCCGAUCCUUACAAAUGGGACCAGCAUGAUAACGAGGCGAAUGGAGACGGUCAAGCCCAGUCAAUCGAAACCCAACCCGGCGACUUUACCUACAUGGGCGGUUGGAGCGAGUCUGAUCUCGAGAUACACGAAGGCGGGAUCCUUGCUAUCGACACGAACGACGCCAAUGCACAAGAAGAGCACAUUCCUCAGCCGAUGGAAGAUGAGGUUCCACAAGACCACAGUCAGGCGGACACUGGCGGCAUGCUGGAAGCUUAUUUGGACCAACAGUGUUCAGAAGAGCCUUGGAAGCCAGGGCAAAAUCGCUAG